UAAAAUAUGUGCUGGACAUUUAGUUCAGCGCUGUUAUUAGCACAACAUACCGUUGUCCAUGAAACUCAAGUCUAAUCUAGGUGAUUGUAGUCACGCUGUGGUGAUUUUCAAGUCGUGUUUUCUUUUAUUUAGGCUAGAAGAGUGAGUUAUUUUUCUUAUUCUAGCAACACUUGAAAGUGUAUUGAACUGAGGUUUUCGCGCUGUCCAUGGUGCUGAACAUUUACCUUAAAUAUCUCAGGUUCUGUCAUUGUCCCGGUCAGCAAUGCAAAUUCUUCAGUGGCCAGCGACACUCCACAGGCUUAUGGGUAUAUAAGCUAUUGCAAACUGGUUGUUUCAUUUGCUGCUGGCUGCCUAACGAUAUUUUCGCCUUAUCAUAUGGAGAGCCGCUUGAGCAUUCAAAAUGUAUUUGAGUGUGGUGCUUUUCGUAAGACUAAACUUGGUAUUGGAGCGGCUUCUGUUCAUUAUGUUUUAUAUUCUCUUUCUCCUUUAUACUAAAUGAAAACAUGGAGAGGUCCACUGGGUGUCAGUGUUACAGCAGGGGAUAGCUAAAGGUUUCCUCAAAAGAGACUCUGCCCCUCUUGAAAUGUGUGUUUCAGUUCGACCACAAAGCACACAGUCGUUUGGGAUUUUGGAUCUUUACCUUUCCUACACAACCGUGUUUUUUUUAUUAAAAAAGAUAAUAAUCUUAGGACAAAUGUAGGUGUUUUACGUGGAAGAUUUUUGUGGAUGCAAUUUCAAGUGAUUGUUUCAAAGAAGACAAAGGACAAAGGAGCAGAAUGAUGUCUUGGUCGCGUCCCCUGCUUUUCUCUUUGCUGUUUUACUUUACUGAGCUGAUUUUAGCUCAAAUAAAAUACUCUACUCCAGAGGAAGUUAAAUUGGGAGCUGUCAUCGGAAAUGUUGCAAAGGAUUUGGGCCUUGAUGUCAGUACCUUGAUAAACAGGCGUUUCCGCAUUGUGUCCGGAGCUCAGGACUCGCUGUUUGAGGUAAAUCCGAACAAUGGGGUUUUGUAUGUUAAUAAGAAUCUCGACCGAGAACAGAUGUGCGACAGAAAUGUCGCUUGUUUAAUAGAUGUUAAAGUUGUUGUAGAAAAUCCACUUGAAAUACAUUAUGUUGCCGUGGAAAUAACGGAUGCUAACGACCAUGCACCGACGUUUGCCGAGAAAGAAAAGGUUCUAGAAAUAGCAGAAAAUACCUCACCAGGAGCACGGUUUCAACUACCAGGCGCCCGUGAUCCCGAUGUUGGAAUAAAUUCCGUCCAGCGCUAUAAACUUAGUCAAAACGAUCAUUUUCAUCUUGAAAUCCGAGAUAGGGGAGAGGAUAAAAUCCCUUUCUUGGUGUUGCAGAGGUCCGUGGACAGAGAGCAGAAAACAAACCAUAGCUUGAUUUUAACAGCUAUAGAUGGAGGGACACCGCUAAAAUCAGCAAAUCUUAAUCUUACCAUAAAUGUUCUCGAUAUCAAUGAUAACAGACCCACUUUUUCGAAGGAGGUGUAUUCUGUGAUUUUACAAGAAAAUGUUGCUUUAGAAACGGUCGUAAUAAAAGUACAAGCAACAGAUCUUGACGAGGGAACUAACGGGGAUGUGGAGUAUGCCUUUGGGGGCGACAUUAAUUCUAAGGUGUUGGAGCUAUUUAGUUUGGACACAAAUACAGGCGAAAUUCGAGUUAACGGGCAGAUAGACUAUGAGACUGCUGACGUUUUCAAAUUAGACGUCCAAGCCUCUGACAGAGGUCAGCCUCCGAUGACAACAGACUGCAGAGUUAUAAUAAAGAUCAAAGAUGUGAAUGACAAUGAACCAGAAAUAGAAGUGACAUCAAUAUCUAACAUGGUCCCAGAGGAUUCAAAACACGGGACCGUGAUAUCUCUUAUUAGUAUUACAGAUUUGGAUUCUGGUCUAAAUGGGAAAGUCAUAUGCAGUCUGACGGGAAAUGUACCAUUUGAAUUAAAACCGUCGUUUAAAGAAAACAUGUAUUCAUUAGUAACAAAAGAAACACUGGACAGGGAAACUGUGUCACAUUAUGAUAUUUUAAUAACAGCUACGGACUAUGGUGAGCCUCAACUUUCCACAUUAAAAACUUUGAGUAUUCAGGUGUCAGACGUGAAUGACAACAUUCCAGAGUUCUCACACAGUCCCCUGGAAUUAUAUUUAACUGAAAACAAUGCUCCUGGCGCAUCAAUAUUUUCUGUAAGUGCAUUUGAUAAAGACUUAUACGACAAUGCUGUAGUGUCCUAUCGUAUAAUUAGAGGGGGAGGCGGUCAUAACGACAUGGCAUCUUUUAUAAAUAUAAACUCUGAAAACGGAGACAUUUUGGCGCUAAAAAGUUUCGACUUUGAAACUCUGAAAACGUUCCAGUUCCAAGUUGUUGCCUCAGAUUCUGGAACUCCGUCACUGAGCAGCAACGUCACAGUGAACGUGUUCAUUCUGGAUCAGAACGACAACGCUCCAGUCAUCCUGUAUCCAGUCAGCUCUAACGGUUCUGCUGAAGGUGUGGAGGAGAUUCCCCGCAAUGUGAACGCAGGACACUUGGUGACUAAAGUCAGAGCCUAUGACGCUGAUAUAGGAUAUAACGGCUGGUUACUCUUUUCACUGCAGCAAGUCACUGACCACAGUCUCUUUGGUUUGGACCGCUAUACAGGACAGAUCAGAACACUUCGCUCCUUCACAGAGACAGACGAG